UGCCCCCAAUUGACGCUGGGCUGCGUCAUGUUGUUGUUGUUGCCGCUGCCUAUGCAAUAUGUAGAGCAGCAGCAACAAGUGUUGGCCAAGAGUGACAGCUGCAUUGAAAAGCGUCUAAAAGGCUGCCUGAAAUUCAUCUAAUUUACCCAAGGGAAACAACAACAACCGCAACAACAGCGACAACAGACGCGAAUCUGUCUAUAGCCAGAAGCAAUUAGAACGAACAAAGGCACAUUGAAGACAAGACCUGAGGAGAGGCGAGAAAAUCAGCUAACAAAUUGUUGCUGGUACUUGCAACAACAAUCACAACUACAACUAUAACAACAACAACAAGAUCACAAACAAGUGUUGCCGUUUCAGCAAAUGCAAAACAACCAUUCUGUGAUAUCUUAAGAUCCAAAGAUGACAUCUUUAACCUUGCACUUGAUAGUGAUAGCUCUGCUGGCCGUGGCAGCAGCCGCAGCAGCCGCAGCAGCUGCAGUCGCCGUGGCAGCAGAGGGCGAUGCGGCAACGCGUACCGUUGUGCCGCGCGGCAGAGGCGCGACCAACUAUGCGAGCGCCUCCUCGACGACCAGCACGCAGGCGCCAACGCUGCGAGCGCCGCGCCAACGGCGGCCGCCCACGACGCUGCCCAUCGACAAUGGCCAUGGGCGUCGCGGUGGCAGCGCCGCCAGCACCACGCCUCUGCCGCCAGCAACGGUGCGGCAGCAGCGACGUCGUGCCACAACAACGGCAACAACAACAACAACGACGACGACGAUGGCCCCAGCCUCAGCUGACAGCAAUGGGCGUGGUCGCAGCCGCAGCAGCUUCAGAGCCGCCCGCCAGCCACGUGACACGCCCACGCCCAGCGCAUCGGAGUCAUUCAGCACGAGCAGCGCCAGCGGCUGGCCUCAGUCGCAUCAGUCGCUCUCGUCGCUGUCCUCCAGGCCAGGCGCUGUCUCGCGCAGCGGCCCCAAUCCCAACAAAACGCCGCGCAUGAUCCAGCGCUUGGUGGCUGGUCACAUUCACAAUGCGCAGGGCCAUUCCACCUAUGAGGUGUCUGCGGUGAGCGCCAACAGCAGCAGGAGCAUUGCAAUAGCAACCACAGCGCCAACAGCGGCAACAGCUACCACAACAACAACAACGACGACGACAACAACAACAACCCCCAGCCCAGCCACGAGAAAAUCCACAACAACAGCCGCAACGAAACGACGCAAGGCCAGCAGCACUUAUCGCCUGGCUAAGCCAUCGCCAUCGCCGUCGACGCCGCCAGAGCGGGAGCAGGAUGACGACGAGGCGCUGCUCAGUGAGCCGGAUGACUUCGAUAACUGGGACAAUGGCAUACUGCGCUUGAGCGCCGGCUCCGGCAAGGAGGCGGAGUCGGCCAGUGGCAAGGGUCAAGGCAAACCGGGUAAGGAGGACGCGAAGAAGACUCUGGCGGAUCAGGUGCGCGAUGGGAAGUACGGCUUGAUUGAGAAGGAGCUCUUUCGUCGCGUGCCCAAGCGUCCGGGCGUGCUGAGCUACGCACGCAAUCCGGAGGUGCCACAGGACAACGAGCGCAACUUUGGCGGACUCAAUGAGCAGGACAUUUGGCUGGCCGAGGAUCAUUUGCUGGUGAUCAAGGGCGGCGGCCUGAAUGAGGCCGAGCUCAAUGGCGGCGACAGCGAGCCGUGGCCAGCCAUUGAUGAUUACGAUGCGCCGCCGCGCCAAAUCAAGCUGCCGGCGAAUCCGGUGGUGCCGCCUCCAUUUCCCGUGCAGCUCGAGCCGCAUGGGCCACUGCAAAUUAUCCGAGAUAAUCAAAUCGAGAGCCUCCAUACGCCAGCUGUCAAUGCAACGUUAUCCGCUGUGGGCCAGCACGCGGCCUACGGCCAGGGCCAUGGAGCUGCCCACGGCCAGGGGUCGCAUCCUGCUGCCCGGCCGGGAACGUAUGCGUCGCCUAAGACAGCUGACCCGGAGCCCAGCUACGUCUACCCGACGCCCUACGCGCCCUGGCUGCUCUAUAACAACGAGACGCCGGCCGAGCAACCGCCGUCCCAUCCACAUCCCAGUCCGACUCCCAACGCGGUGCUAAGGAGUCCGCUGCUCGGGCCCUGGCUCAUCAAUGGACUCCACGCGAAUGGCAGCGUCUCUGCUCCAGGCGCGCUGCACGCCAACAUCAGCGACUUUGACGAGGAUGAUCCCUCGCUCUACUAUCCGCCUGCCUACAGCUUUGUCUACCGCAGCAACUACACGAAUCCGGUGCCGCCGGGACCGUUGGUGCCCGGCAUUGUGCUACCCCCGCCGCCAGAUCACUUUACCCUCUUGGAGGCGACGACCACGUCGACUACAACGCGACGUCCGUAUAGCAGCACAACUAGCACUACGCCUAGCACUACCAGCACCACCACCAGCAGCAGCACCACUAGCACAACCACCACGCGAGCUCCGUCACGCCUGUCGGUCAAGUACAAUGCCAUCGGAUACCUGCCGCCCGCACCACGACACCAGCAACAGCAGCAACAGCCGCAACAGCCUCAACAGCAGCAGCAGCAGCCGCCGAACAAGUACGUCGAGCGCGUGCCGGUGCCGGUGGCGGUGCCGAUACCCAUUUACCCCAUCAACUAUCAGCCGACAACGCCACGCCCACAGCCGCCCGCCCAGCUGGUGUUUGUGCCCAGCACAGAGCGGUCCAACGAGAGGGUGAAAGAGGAACGGGGCAGGGAACGGGAACGGGAUAGGGAACGGGAACGGGAUCGCGAGCAGGCGCCGUUGUCUAAAUCGAAUCCCAUAUACUAUGAGUACUUCGAGGCCAAGCGCCAGCCAUCCUCCCUCAAGUCGAAUGUGAUCAAUGACUUCCUGGCCACAAAGCCACCCAAGCGACCGCACUACAAAUCUCCGCCGAGUCCCGUGAACGACGUGGCCGUGGUUAGCAUAACGCCCAAGCCACGCGUCCAAGUGCACUCGGAGUACGACGCGGCGCUGGGUCAGCUGCUCAGAAGCAACCUCAUUUCCGCACCAGCGACGUCCCGCUUCCAGCCGCCCGACUUCGACAGGCAGCCCUUCCUGCCCAUGGUCAACUACAGCGCCGACGAGCAGGACCAAAACGCCUUCAAGGCCAUCGUCUACCAGCCGCAGCCACAACGCCAGCGUCAGCUGCGCGUGGGCAAGCACCAGCAGCUGCAGCUGCAGCUGGAGCCGACCAUACAGCCGGGCCAGGAACAGGACUCCUCCUACCUGCCAGACUCGCUCCUGCUGCAGCGCCAGCGCCAACUGAGAGUCGGCAAGCAGCAGCUACAGCUGCAGCUGCAGUCGCCAUCGCCGUCGCCCUUGCCCUUGCCCUACGAUAGCCAGCAGGGCGUGUACAGCACGCCCCUGCCGCCAUCCUACUUGGACAAUCAGUUGCAGCCGCGUCCGGCCAAGUACCAGCUGCGUCCGCCCUCGCCGGCUCCACUGCAGUACUGGCAGCGUCCCGCGCCUCCGCCCCCGCCGCCGCCACCACCACAGUUCAAGCGUUUGCGCCACGGCAACGCAAAGCAUCCCUAUCCGCCGUACUUUGUGCCCAGUUACCCGAGCGGCCCCGGACUGGAGCCCCUCUACCGCCUGCUGCCCGUGCCGCAGCACAAGCACUGGCGCCAGAGCAACAAACACCAGCACCAGCAGCAGCAACAGAUUCAAGUCCAGCCACAGCAGCAACAGCAGUACUAUCCGGACCGAAACGUCAACAUUGGCCACAGCCUGGCCAGCGACAUCUUGGUCAACUACAACACCAACAAUCAGUUCAAUCCGCAGGCGGAGCUGGUGCCCCAGGCACAGCUAGGCCCGCCGCCGCUCUCCUACCAGGCGCAGAACGGGGGCCAGGCCACGCUGUGGUCCGACCGGCCCGUGCGACAGUCGCGCGCCCAGCUACAGGAGCAGGCCUAGGCCCAGGAGGUGGACCCGAAAGCUUGCUGUUCAAAUGUGAUCUAAAGUAAAAGCCGUUGGUGGGGGCCAAGUUGAGCCAGUUGUCAGUCGAGGGAACUAGUAAAUGAAAUAGUCAAUGAUUCAUUCACACACAGUCUCAGUCUCGGUUUGAGUUGCUCCGACUCCGACUUUGGUUCCGAUUUCCCAAAACUUCAUUCAAAUCAACAACAAAUCGAUAGCAUACGCUACAUAACCCAGCCCUGGCAGCCAAC